AUGGCGGAGAAUAAAUCAUGGGUUUUGAUGGUGACGGCGCAGACGCCCACCAAUAUAGCUGUGAUCAAGUAUUGGGGGAAGAGAGACGAGAACUUAAUCCUCCCCAUCAAUGAUAGCAUCAGCGUCACCCUCGACCCUGCUCAUCUCUGCACCACCACCACCGUCGCCGUCAGCCCCUCCUUUACCCAAGACCGCAUGUGGCUCAAUGGCAAAGAGAUAUCGCUUUCUGGUGGUAGAUACCAGAGCUGUUUGAGGGAAAUUCGAUCUCGGGCCACUGAUGUUGAGGAUGAAAAGAAGGGUAUCAGAAUUACCAAAGAAGAUUGGCAGAAUCUGCAUUUGCACAUUGCUUCUUACAAUAAUUUCCCUACUGCUGCUGGCUUGGCUUCCUCAGCUGCUGGCUUAGCCUGUCUUGUUUUUUCCCUCGCGAAGCUGAUGAAUGUGAAAGAAGACAACAGUCAACUUUCUGCCAUAGCCCGACAAGGCUCGGGAAGUGCUUGUCGCAGUCUUUUUGGUGGAUUUGUUAAGUGGAUCAUGGGAAAGGAUGAAAGUGGAAGCGAUAGCAUUGCCGUUCAACUUGCUGAUGAAAAGCACUGGGAUGAGCUUGUUAUUCUUAUUGCAGUGGUAAGUUCACGCCAGAAGGAAACUAGUAGCACCAGUGGAAUGCGUGAGACAGUUGAAACUAGUCCACUUGUACUACACAGAGCAAAGGAAGUGGUACCUAAACGCAUAAUUGAGAUGGAGGAAGCCAUACAAAACCGUGACUUCCCAGCAUUUGCUCGUCUGUCUUGUUCAGACAGUAAUCAGUUUCAUGCUGUCUGCCUGGAUACAAGUCCCCCAAUAUUCUACAUGAAUGACACAUCACAUAGGAUAAUCAGCUGUGUUGAGAAAUGGAACCGUUCCGAAGGAACACCUCAGGUGGCUUAUACCUUUGAUGCCGGGCCGAAUGCAGUUAUGAUAGCCCGCAACAGGAAAACUGCUGCUCUCCUGCUUCAGAGACUGCUCUUUCAUUUUCCUCCACAAUCUGAUGUAGAUAUUAACAGCUAUAUUGUUGGUGAUAAAUCAAUACUACAGGAUGCUGGUAUUCAUGACUUAAAAGAUGUGGAAGCACUACCUCCUCCUCCAGAAAUCAAGGAUAGCAUUCAAACACAAAAUUUUAAAGGAGAUGUUAGUUACUUUAUCUGCACAAGGCCUGGAAGGGGACCGGUUUUGCUAACAGAGGACAGUCAAGCUCUCCUAAACCCCGAUACUGGUUUGCCUAAGUGA